ACUCGCCAAUAUUUGAAUUUCGGAAUUUCCCUUAUCGAAAAUAUUGCUUUUACCUUAACUCUAGCUCAAUUCUAAGAUUCUAUUAUCAUUCAAGAUUACUCCUUACCAAUUAAAUGGAAUGGAUAUAUUCACUUCCUUUUAGAAUCAUACUGAAUGAAAAAAAAAUCGAUAUUUAACGAACUGAAAGGGUUGCGUUGUAUGCGAUUAUCACCCUUUCAUUGAUAACAAGAUAUUUUCUGUGCGCUAGCUUUCCAAUUAGAAGAAUGGGAUGAAAUGAAAAUGGAAAUGUGUUGUAUGGCUUGGUUUAUUGAAUUUUCAAGAAAUUACGUGAAAUGAAAGAAAAGCGCAUGUAUGUAGGAUUAUAUUUUUGUAAAUUCAUUUGACAUUCAAAAAAUAUUCUUAAGCAUCAAUUAUUUCGCUUUCUGAAUAAUGAAUUUUCCAUCGUUUGGAAGUCAUUUUUCUACCGGUAUUCCGAAUCUUCAUCAGUUUGCAGCCAAAUUUUCUCAGGACAAUAUAUCUUCCAAUAAUAUAGCUUCCACUCAAGAAGCAAAUAAUGUUCGCUAUACUUCCAAUGGGAUUCCUUUCUCUCAACAUGUUCAUUUACAACAACCCAUUCUUACCAAUAAGUAUCAGACUAGUUAUCUAAAUCAAGAUACAAGCAAUUAUGGCCAGUUAGUUGCAAAAAAUGAUAAGAGAGAACAUUUUGAUCAAGAAUUGACUCAGGAAAUUUGUGCAGCUGUUUUACAGCAUGAAGAGAAAAAUUCACUUCAAAAGGUCAAGCAGGAGAAUAACCGACAAGACAGAAGGCUAGAGGGUCAGUCCCAAAUUGUACAUAAUAACUCUGAAGAUCAUGUGUCUAAUAUUUCCACUACAUGGCAAACUCUCACUUCAGCUGGAUCUACAGUAGCAGAUUAUUUAUCACAUUUGCCAGCAUCUACUCUACCAUUGAGUCUACAUCAUUUUUUGAAAUAUUCUGCUGAAAAUAUUAAGAAAGAGACAGCUUCUCAACAAACACUACACAACCAUAAUUCUAAUAUGAACUUGCUUACAAAUAAUUCCCUUAAUGUAAGUCAUUUGAAUAAUUCUAUGAAUAAUACUAUAUUUAACAGCCAAAUCAAUAAUUUAACAACUAAUACAGGUAAUUCAUUAACUAAUUUAUCUGCUGCAAAUGUAUCAAAUUUUCAAACUGUUUCUACUGGGAAGAAAAAAAAGAAAAAGAAAGUUGAAAAAGAGAAGAAACCUAGACCUAAACCUGGAGAAAUAAGACUAACUACUGCGUUAGAUGGUUCAACUCUUUACUGUUGUCCUGAGUGCCAUAUGGCAUAUCCAGAAAAAGAACUACUAGAACAACAUCUUUUAGGACAUACGAUGGAACGUAGAUUUGUCUGCGAUAUCUGUGGAGCUGGGUUGAAACGAAAAGAUCAUUUGACUCGCCACAAACAAAGUCACAACCCAGAGAGACCUUAUGUAUGUACAGUCUGUCUUAAAGCUUUCAAAAGGAAGGAACAGUUAACUCUUCAUUUCGUCAUACAUUCUGGAGAAAAACGACACAUAUGUCCUGAAUGUGGAAAAGGAUUUUAUCGUAAGGAUCAUUUACGUAAACAUACAAGGUCGCACAUUGCUCGGCGGGUAAAAGCAGAACUGUCCCAACAGGGUGGCAGUGUUUCUCAAAAUUCUUCGAUGAAUCAUACCUUGAGUUCUUAGAGGAGGGUGGAAUUUCGUGUUCUAAAUUUUUCCAAAAAUGUUUGGCUGUGAUUUUAGUAAUAAAUUUGGGGCUAAAUUUAAAAUUGUUCCUAUUCAGUAAAGAUGUGAUGAAAUAGUAUGAAAACACUUUUGGGCCUUGUGAGCCAUAAUCUCGAAAAGUAAUUGAAUACUACCUCAGAAAACUUACUAUUUUUUAUUUCGUACUAUGUACAACUUUUAAGUUACUUGUUGGAUUUUAAUCUGUUAAGUUUUUAUUUAUAUAUUCUCAAAAUUGAUAUUGUUUUUGUUCGAAAUAAUGAAUUAAUUAUGGAAAGUUUUACUAUACAUUUUUGUUGUGAG